GGAUGCUACGGGUUUUGCUGCUUACUCUCUCUGUAGUUGCUAUUGCUCAUGCUGAGCUCUGCAAGCCAGGUAAGUCUUGGAGCUGAUUUCCAUCCUCCCCCAGAUGCACAGAAUGCUUUCAAAGUACGUCUUAGUAUCAAAACAGCUUUGGGAGAUAAUGCAUAUGCCUGGGAUGCUAAUGAAGAGUACCUCUUCAAAGCAAUGGUGGCUUUUGCAAUGAGAAGAUAUUCCAGCAAGAGCACAACUCAAAUUUCCAAUGUGCUUCUGUGCAAUGUGACGGAUCGGGUGUCAUUUUGGUUUGUGGUCACAGAUUCUUCAAAAAAUUUGACAACUGUUCCUGGAAGUGAGGUAGAGGCAGCCAUCAGGAUGAACCGGAACAGAAUCAACAGUGCCUUCCUACUGAGUGACAAAACACUGCAGUUCCUGAAGAUAACCUCAACCUUAUCACCUCCGGUUGAACCCUCCACGCCUGUCUGGCUUAUUGUAUUUGGUGUUGUUCUUUGUCUCAUUGUGGCUGGAAUUGUUUUCCUCGUUGUUGCAGGGAUUCAGCAACGCAAGAAAAGGAACAAAGAGUCAACAGAGAGAGAAAAUUUAGAAGAGAAAGGUGACGUAACAGUUACAGUAGAAAAUGGGAUUCCUUGCGAAGCACUGGAUUUAAAAGCAGGCCACAUUAAUGGAGUCUUUGCAGCAGAUGAUGAACGGUUCACGUCCUUAUGAAAUGCUGCCAUUCGUAUCUGGUGGUUUUUUUGAAAGACUCCUGUGCCUACCUUAUCUCGUCACUACUCCUGAAUGUCAAACAUGAAGACAAGAAAAAUGUCCUUUCACUUAAUUUCCCUCGAGGGAGCCUUCUGCUGAUAACACAUACACUCAAACCUCCAUUACAAAGCUUUUUUUCAUGAGCAAAGAAAAUGAGAAGACCUCAAAUGAGAUCCAUUAAAGAUUUCCAGAAGAUGUGUGGCAGAACAGUGUUGAAACCUGCCUUGUGUCAGAAAUUUAAUUUUUAAUGAUUAUUUAAAUAUGUCCAUUGCUUGUUUUUCCCUGAUAUAAAUAUGAAACUGCAUUAUUUCCGAAUGUCACUGGGGAGAUCACCUAUCAUUAUCAAUUUUUGCUGGGCUUUCUUUCAAGCCGUAUGCAAAAGUUUCUCUGUAAAAUGACUUCUGUUUGCUGAUAUGCAGUAUGCCUUUGGAUGGAAUAGUGAUCAGUGCAUGAAAGUUCUCAUUUAUUGAGAUAAAAAAAAAAAAAGCAAGCUUUCACAGCCUCCAUAAGAGCAGGUUAAAAAGUGUCUGGAUCAUCUCUAGUGUUGGGGCUGGCAAAGAUCUGGUACUAAAAGUAUUUUUCACUUAACAGUCAAAGUCACAGAUUAUAUGACCUGCAGUUUAAAAGUUGCAAAAGUUUGAAAUUUGUUGAAAUUAAAAGUUGCAACAAAGGGCAGAUUUUUCCACAGGUGCAGCCUGUGGUUAGUGGCCCAGCUCUCAUGAAAUCUAUAAGGGCAUUUCGCAGCUCCUUGAAAAAUCUUCCUUACAUUUUUUAAAUAAUAAACCUAGAGUAGGUUUCCAAGACAUAGCCAACACGUGAAAGCUGUAUAGCUUUUGAAGACAUUCAGUGCUUGAAACACCAGCUGCUGGGCUUGGUGCACCCAACCGAGAUGAGGACGUGUGGGUGGUGGCAAGUCAGCAGAGACCAUUCACACCUGUGUUUCCUAUUUGUGUGGCUGGGAGUUGAGGGCAUCAGAUGAUGCCAGACCCUAAACUGCACUUCUGGAUUACUUUGAAGUCAGGCACACAUACAAACUAUGCUAUCUGUGCCCUAGUUUCAUUCCCAUUUGAAUCAGUGAUUAAAUUCUGACUGAUUUCAGAAGAACCGGGCCCCAGUAAAAGGGAAAUUUUAUGUGUGGGUAACUGUACACAGAGAAUGGAAGUACAAAAUAUGGUAUCUGCAGUCACCAAACAGCUGCCCAUGUCACCGGAGGCAGGAUUUUACCAUUAGCCAUCUUGUUUCCAGUGUCAUGUUUGGAGACAGUAUUAGAAAACCCAUUUAAUUAUUAGGGUUAUUCCAUCAAACUCCUCACCAACAGGAACAGGGUAAAACAGGGUAAAAGCUGCUUGUAAAGGACCGUCCAGUGUCCUGAAGGGUACGAAGGUAUCUUGUCUCCCAGGGUACAAGAACCUUCAGCAUUUUGGCUGUGUAGAGUACCUUUGGCUGUCCAUUUGACUUGGCACUGGCUCUUGGGUAUGAGGAAUGAGGGGGAGAAGAGGAAGCAGCGGCAUGAAGGGAGGAGGCUGAGCUGGGAAAGCUCGAGGCUAGAAGAGGUGGUGAGAGGAGGGAUAAAUGCAAAAUAAAACUGCAACCCACUGGUCAUUUGCCUCACGUGGUCUCAUCUGUCAUGGUUGUUUUUGAUGCCCUAGUGGUGGGUCCCUCUGGACAAGGACUGUGUCUUCUCUGUGUCCCAGAGGAUGUGUUGCUCCAUUCUGGAAAAGAAUUAAUAAAGUCAGUUAUUAGUGAUAAUAUCUCAGUGCUUCAAAAUUGCCAUCCACAAUGUGAAGAUGUAUUUCUCACAGGAAUUUCAAAGAUUAAGCUUACCAGUGUUUAAGAUCAUUUGGAGGGAAGAUAGAGUACAGUGUUAUUAUUGCUUCCUCAGUCAUUGCUCCAAGGUCUUCCACUCAGGCAGAGUUUUAUUGAGGUAAUUCACAUCCCAUCAUUUCUAAACUUUCACACUUUUCACAUUCUUUGUAUGACAGAUAGCUACACUGCAGUGUGACCACCACGAUGGAUUGUUGUAACUGCAGCACCUCUGCAAGAGCCCAUGAAAGAAUUUGGUGAGAAUAGCUUGAUGGUGCAAGAGCAACCUCGAGCUACCAAUUAAGAAUUACUGAUUGUAGUAUAUGAUAACUGAAAUAAAAUUCACUUGAUAUGAAAAAGGGCCAAGCAUAUCUGACCAUACUUCUCAAGACCUGGGCGAGGGUUCAAUUCAGUCCAUGGCACUGGCCAGCAAUUUGAAUAGAUUGAAAGCCUCUGAACAAAACAUUAUGUGACAUGGGCUGACUCUGGUGGUAAGUAUUUAAUCACUGACAUCCUCCCAGCUCACCUUUUAGCCACAUAAUUACUUUACAGCAGUUUGGCGUAAUUUUCUGCUAAUGAUGAUAGGGGAUUUGCCCAGAGCAUACAUCUUGCUUUCCUCUCUGCUGACAGGAAAUGGCUUGAGAGAAGCAAAUGAUACAUGAACAGGCAGGUAUCACACUUAGCAACGCUUUGAAGUCACUGUUGGUAUUAGCUCUUUCACUCAAAUAGGUAUCACAAACUAGGUUAAUCAAGGGCACACUGCUACAGAAGAAAUAAAUCUCUUUUCUAGUCUCUUUGUGCAGCAGGAUCGUAUUAGGAAACAAAGAGCACUUUGAUUUGGUAAAGCCUGUCCUCCAGAGCCUGCAAAUGGUACAACAACAAUUUAUAUUCCUUGAG